UGCUGUUGCUGGUGCGUUCACUGUCGCUGCGUGUUUGCGGCUCCCGGCUCCGCUGUUUACUCUCCUCGUGUCCAAAAGUCAUGGAUGAGGCGAACGUCAAACACACGCACAGCAUCUGUCCCUUCACUCCGUCUCACCUGGAAGACUUUGGCAAAGACAUCGCUGCAGCUGCUGAGUAAUCGGUGCAGCGGAGGAGGCACUUUGAGAGCUGACGUGAACAACUCAACUCAGGAGCAGAUUUCUGCCACCAUUCAAGUCAGUGAGGGCAAAUGCUCAGGUUCGCAGUCCAAAGUCCAACCGAGCUGACCCCACACUGUGAGUCUCCUGUGGCCCUCCACUCUCAUCUAGUGUCAAAAUGGCCUCAAGACGGGGAGAAAUUCCAGCGCUUGAGUCAGGCACGUCGUCCUCACUCUUUGGUACUUUAUCCUCUCCUCUUGGAAUGACUCGGCGCAAUAUCAGCUAUGACGAGAUCAUGGAUACACCCAUGCAUUCACCACCCCCAGACCUAACUGUCAACAUCUUAUGGAAAGACCCAGUCAUCCCACAGCACAAGUUCAGAAACACAUCAGAGGGGGAUGAGAUGGGUGUGAAGAUGGUGACUUUUGAGGCUGCAGCGCCAGCCAAGUCCCCUGUGCCUGUGGUGAAAGCCAAAGCCACAUCUUUAAUGAGCUCACUUAUGAUCAAGCAAAGCCAGGAGAACCUCCAGAGGUUUGAGCACCAGGCAGGGCUGACUGACACUGGGUACUCUCCCCACAAAGGCCUCUCCGCUGAGGAGACUUGCUUUCACCGACUGAGUGACGGCACAGUACCAAAGUUGAGAAUGCCAAGUGGGGACUUCAAAGAGGACAGGCUAACAACAUCAGCACAAUCCACCCCAAGUUGUACCCCUUCUGUCACCCCCUGCGUCACCCCCUGCGUCACCCCCUGUGUCACCCCCCACUCAUCACCGGCUGUCAAUCGCAGGACCUGGUUACAGCUGAGUCCUGCACCUUUUCUUGCCAACCCAGAGCACAGUCCAAACCUAAGCACAGACAUGGGAGGAAAUGAAGGAGGAGGAGAUAGGUGGACCUUCUUCGGAACUCAAUCUGUGGUACAGAAGUCCCCCACCGACCCCGGCUCUGAAACCAGCAAAGGCUUUUCAUUACGGUCUUACUUUGGCCUGCAGAAGUCCUCGACCAUGGAUGGCACCAACACCCAAAUCAACCUCAAUGUGCAGGACCCUGCCAACUUCAUGCCCCCCAAGAUUGAUAUCUCGGGCAUUGAGACCAAGCAGAUGCCCCCACGGCCACACAAACUAAAACCUCGGGACAUGAAUGUUUUAACACCUUCGGGCUUCUGAAGCCACACUUGCUGUGCUGUUACUUCCUGUACCACAUAGUCACCAUUUCCUCCCCUCUGUCUAGUUGCUCAUUUGCUUCCCUUUCUUCCACUGACCCCUCAUCCUCCUUGCACUGAGACCGAGGAAUGAGGACCACCUAUAGUAUUAGCUCACUAGCCCCAGAGACAUCACCGCACUGUUACUGCUCCCAGCAGACCUAUUGCCAUCAGUCCACGCCAUCAUCCCCUUCUUAUCUCUUCCAACUCAUUGGUCCAAUUAAAACACCAAAUUAAGUAAUUUUAUUUGUUAUCCCCGAAAGAUGUUACUGCUUUGUAUUAUUAUAAUUCUUGUUGUUGUUGUACUGUCAGGUAAUGGGUGCACUAGAAUGCAUUGCCUUGCUUAACCCCAUUCCAUUGUCAGGUGUAGCAUGAGAUAGGAGUCAUUCAAGUAUUUUCUCAGUCCCUUGCUUCAGUUGAUCACUUUAGCAUUGCCUCUCAAGCUAACACGGACCAGCUAUUUCAAUUUCUAAUGCUCUGUUGCCUCAUUUGUACAUUUUCUUUAUUUUAAAUAGGCUCACAGAUUGUAAUUGUGUAGUGAUUCUGUCUGCUAGCAUGCAGAGUAUAAUGUGGUAUGACUGAUACUGUGCCUAAACUUGCAGUGUGUAUGAUUUUGGCUUUCUUGCCAUAUGAGCUUUUGUUUUUGUACUACAUGUAAGAGUGUCUUAUUUUACUUUGACAGUAUGACUGCUGACCUGAUGUGAUUUGUUUUGACUAUUAUUUCAACUUAUUUUCACAUUGAUCUGCUUUAAUUCAACAUUGGUCAUUCUUAAUAGUAGGUAUUGCAUAAGGUUUAUAAUUUAUACAUGGCACUACAAUUUAGUUAAACAUGCUUGAAGUGGCCACUUUCAAUUUUGUGUGUGUGUGUGUGUGCCACAAUUCAUGAAUCUCUGCUAUUUUAUUUGAAAGAGUUGAUUAAGAUGAUGUAAUUGCACAAAGGAGCUUUUAUCCUUCUCACAUCUGAAAAUAAAUCUGAUGGUAAUGAGCAA